AACAGGGAGAUGAACGUGGACGACGAACAAGCAGCAGCCUACAGCCAGCACUGCAGCUCCGUGGUGGACGACUUCGACUUCCUCACAAAUUCAUACCACGCCACCGGUGGCGGCAGCUUCCCCUCCUCGUCCCCCACUUCCUCCUCGUUCCGCUCCGCCUCGCUCUCUUGCAGCCAGGAGAUCAGCUCGACAGCUGCACCGGCGACCGGACUCCAGUUUCCUGAGGUCUCUUCCUUAGUGGCACUGGCACCCGGAGUAGUGAUUCCAUACGACGACCAGUACGUUGCCAACCUCCACGAGACACCUGCGGCAAUGGCGCCCGGUGGGAUGUCAAGGAGCGUGAGCGCGUUCAGGCGCUACGAGCUGCACCUCGCCCCCCUGCGGAGGCUGACGAAGCCGGCAUGUGGGCAGAGGAUGUUCAAAACGGCUAUGUCAGUCCUUGCAAAGAUGCACACGGGGAUGAGGUACAACCACCAGCAGCAACAGCAGCAGCAUCAUAGCUACCAGCAGCAGCAGGCGUCGGCGGCCGAGCCGUCGGGAGACAAGCUGCUGCACAUGAUAUCCGAACGCAAGCGCCGGGAGAAGCUGAACGACAGCUUCCACGCCCUCAAGGCGGUCCUCCCUCCUGGCUCCAAGAAAUUAGACAAGACAUCGAUGCUGAUCAUUGCGAGGGAGUACGUGAACUCUCUCAAGUCCAAGGUCCGCGAGCUGGAGGACAAGAACCAGGCGCUCCAAUCACAGCUGGCCCGGCGUGCCACCGGUGCCGAGGAAGAAGAAGCCGGCGCCGGCGAAAAGGUCGAGAUCCAGAUAACAAGAUCCGCGGUGGCAGAGCACGAUCAGACCGGGGAGGUGUGCACGGUGCAUAUAUCGACAACGCCGGCGCGCAGCACCACAACAGACGUGGUGCUCAGGACCCUGCAGUGCCUGAAAGAGCAGAUUGGGGAAGACGUCAGCCUGGUGUCCAUGAGCACCGACGACAGGCCUCAUCGAGCAAACCUGACAUUGCACCUCAAGUUGGCCUCGGGGGUCAGCUGGGAGGAGGAGGCAGUCAGGAAAUCCGUGGAGAAGGCCCUCAUGAUUGGCAGAGACGAUGAUUCGACGACGACCACAUGCCGGUCGGGGCCACAGUGAGUGAUGGAUCUACUUGUCCAGGGACAGAGCCAGGACUGAAGUAUAAGGGGGGCAAUCUUAGUAUGAGGGAGGCAGAACU